AUAAAUAAGCGGUGCCAAUCAAUCCAUUAUAUCAUAGAAGAAGUGGAGUCCAUGUUGAAUAAGACUUUUGCGUCUGAUGCAAGACAUUGUCAAACAUUACUAGAGCAUUUUGACUGUCGAAGUCGGGGGUUGUUUUCCCCCCCCAGAAGGUCACCUUCCUAGCUAGCUGGCUACUACUGGACGGGUAACGUUAUCCAGACAGUGAUAUAGAAGUUGGGGGCAGACAGAAAGUUUCAGCUAACGUUAGCAUGCUAGCUAAGUAGCUUAGGAAGUGUUUUGAUUUUUUUCCCCUUCAUUUCAGUGAGUGUUGUUCGUCUGUAAAUACGUCUCGUAUGAAUAUAUGGAUAUAAUAUAUAGCUAGAUGUCAACGUUACCGCUAUGUUAUUAGAGAGCACGUUUCAUCUCUAUCACGGCUUUCUAGUUUUCCUGGUUGUUAACCGAAGUAACCUAGCUAGCUAAGGUUAGCAAGCAGUAGCACUGCGUAUGCGAUGGAUUGUCUUUUGGCAUUUCUGUUUCGCUUGAAAGAGGUUGGUUUAUAGUUGCUUUAACUGGCUAAGUGAAUGUUAUAGUUGAUUGUAUUUUUGUUGUGCUUGCAACGUUGAAUAGGCAGCAAGAAGCACUUUUUAUAAAAGGUUGUAGCUAUAUAGAGGUCAUCGUGGGAUUAACGUUAACAGGUGUUUCAGUUUGGAGAGCUCAGCUGUAUUUGGCUUUAUUAAAGCCGCUUGCUAACCAGCCUUAACAAUGUUGGUAAUGUAUGAAAAGCUUCCCGAGCAACUCAAGAAAACCUCCCAUGUCAGAAAAGCAGUUAUCCUUCUCGUCGCUGCCUAUGGAAUCAAGAAACUCUACCCGUACUUAUGGGCUAAACUCAGGAAGAAUGUCGGGGGUACACCGCUCCCAGUCCCCCCCAUAAACUCUAACGGGGUGCUACUGGAGGGGUCAGAGAAACAAGGAAAGAAGAAAAGUAGUAACUCGCCGGCUGUGAACCAGGAGUUUCUGAAGAGGCUAAGUCACCUGCUUCGUAUCCUGUUUCCCCAGCUGUUCUGUAAGGAGUUGGGUCUGCUGGGGUUCCACUCCCUGGCUCUCAUCUCCAGAACCUUCCUCUCUAUCUACGUGGCCAACCUGGACGGCAUGAUAGUGAAGACCAUUGUGAAGAAGGACCCCCAGGCGUUUGUGUGGGAGUUGACAAAAUGGCUGCUCAUUGCUGUCCCGGCCACCUUUGUGAACAGCGCCAUCCGUUACCUAGAGGGACAGCUGGCACUGGCCUUCCGCACGCGCUUGGUAACCCACGCCUAUAAGCUCUACUUCAGCAACCAAACAUACUACCGCGUCAGCAACAUGGACGGACGCCUCGCCAACCCAGACCAGUCUCUGACAGAAGACAUGGUGAUGUUUGCUGGAUCUGUGGCCCACCUGUACUCCAACCUGACCAAGCCGUGUCUGGACGUGGUGGUGACCUGUUAUACCCUCCUCAGGACAGCGGAGUCUAAAGGAGCCAACACCACCUGGCCCUCCGUCAUCGCCGGCGUGGUCGUGGCAAUCACCGCCAAGGUUCUGAGGAUGUUUUCGCCGCGGUUUGGUAAACUAGUGGUGGAAGAAGUUGAGGUACAUGAGGAAAGGAGAGUUGAGGUACAUAAGCUAGUGAAUAUACUUGAAUAUACUGUCUUCUACGGAGGGCACAAGGUGGAGAUGUCCCAGCUGCAGCGGUCCUACCGCUCCUUGUCGUCCCAGAUCAACCUGAUCCUGUUUAAGCGUCUGUGGUACGUGAUGCUAGAGCAGUUCCUGAUGAAAUACCUGUGGAGUGCCUCGGGACUCGUCAUGGUGGCUGUACCAAUCAUCACCGCCACAGGGUACUCCCGAUAUGACUCCGAGGAUGUGAAGCAGUUGGCCAUGAAUUUGAAAGAGGAGGACCUAGUGAGUGAGAGGGCUCAGGCCUUUUCCACCGCUCGGAACCUCCUCAACUCCGCCGCAGACGCCGUCGAGAGAAUCAUGAGCUCUUAUAAGGAGGUGACUGAGCUGGCUGGCUACACAGCCCGUGUGCACGAGAUGUUCACUGUGUUUGAGGACGUGCGUGCGGGCGUGUUCCGUCGCUCUGCGGAGGGAGGAGAUGAGCAGACGGGGGGAGGAACACAGCUGGUGCAGCACGGCAUGAGGGUGGAGGGACCAAUCAUGAUGCGAGGUCAGGUGAUAGACGUGGAGAAGGGCAUCAGCUGUGAGAACCUUCCCAUCAUCACACCGACAGGAGACGUUGUCGUGUCCAGCCUCAACAUCAAGGUGGAGGAAGGUAUGCAUCUGUUAAUAACAGGACCUAACGGCUGUGGGAAGAGUUCUCUGUUCAGGAUCCUCAGUGGUCUGUGGCCAGUCUAUGGAGGGGUCCUUUAUAAACCACCUCCCCAGAACAUGUUCUACAUACCUCAGAGGCCGUACAUGUCGGUGGGAACCCUGCGAGACCAGUUGAUCUACCCAGACACCGAGAUCGAGAUGGAGGAGAGAGGAUUCACGGACCAGCAGCUAGAGGGGAUCCUCGGAACCGUCAACCUGGUCUACAUACUGGAGAGGGAAGGCGGGUGGAGUGCAGAAAGCGACUGGAAGGAUGUGUUGUCAGGAGGAGAGAAACAGAGGAUUGGGAUGGCACGGAUGUUCUACCACAGGCCUAAGUAUGCCCUGCUAGACGAGUGUACCAGCGCUGUCAGCAUCGACGUGGAGGGGAAGAUCUUCCAGGCAGCAAAGGAUGCUGGGAUAGCACUGCUGUCGAUAACCCAUAGACCCUCCCUCUGGAAGUACCACACCCACCUGCUUCAGUUCGACGGAGAGGGUGGUUGGCGCUUUGAGAGGCUGGACGCCUCCACCCGUGUCUCUCUCCAGGAUGAGAAACAGAAGCUGGAGUCCCAGCUCUCUGGGAUACCCAAGAUGCAACAGCGCCUGUCGGAUCUCUGCCGCAUGCUGGGGGAGGACGCCACCCUGUCAGGAACCGGAGGAGAGGAAGCAGGGGAGGAGGAGAAACUGGAGGAGAAGGAAGCAGGGGAGGAUGAGAAACUGGAGGAGGAGGAAGCAGGGGAGGAUGAGAAACUGGAGGAGGAGGAAGAGUGAUGAACGAGGACAAUAGAAGGAUGAUGAUCAUCGGAUGGAAGGAUGGGAAUAACUGUUGGCCCUGUCCAGAAACAACCCCCUGGGGCAUUUGUCCUCUUAGGCCAAGUGGAGCUUGUUCUCUUAUUGUUCCUAUUGUUCCUAGGUCCAGUCCUUUCAGAUCCUCUGGGGUGCUCAGGACAUAGUGUCUAGGUCCUAGAGGCUGGAUCUUCUAGUGUAUAAUGAGGUUCUGGACUUCCAACCACUCAGAUGUGGCUGUUAGCCAACUGCUGCUCAGUUUUCUUUUCCACUAUCAGCAGUAUGGGAGGGGUUUCUAUGGG